CACAAUGGACAUAUUCCGAAUCCUAUUGGCAUCACACCACAUGCACUUGCCUAUAAAUUGGUAUGUAUUGAGAUAUCUCGACAGUUCUUCAGGGAGCAAUCCUAACUGCGCAAAAUUCCGCUUCGUCAGAUUUUCUAUUGACAGAAGAAUCUUAAUCUCCAGAGUUCACAACUUUGUCAUAAGCAGAGGUAACUGCAGGUUUCCAUAUCAAAUCAUGUCAAGAACAAUUACCUUCAGCGGGUUAAACUGGACUGUCAGGGACACUUCAAGUACAACGCAGGGACCCGGGAGCAACUGGUGGUCAAACAGCACCAGCAAUGUCUGGGUCGACUCAAAUGGUUGGCUGCAUCUCAAGAUAACUAAGGUCGGGACCAAAUGGCUCUGCCCAGAAGUAUAUACUACAGGAAACUACAAGUACGGGACAUUCAACUGGAAGAUUGAAGGACCUGUGACAUCUCCUAACGGCAGUUUCGAUAAGAAUGUGGUGCUUGGACUUUUCACGUACCCGGCGGCAGGUGGAGAUGGAACCAAUGAGAUUGACGUCGAGCUUGCUCGAUGGGGCAACGGAAGUUAUCCAAAUUUGAACUUCACGAGCUACCCAAAUACGCUCCUUUCUGAUUUCAAGAACCACACGAAGACGACGGAAAUGGCUCUUAAUGGGAACUAUACAUCCCAUCAGUUUCAGUGGCGAAACAAUAAUGUAAGCUGGGUAAGCAGGCAUGGACACUCUGCCACUGGUGAUAUCAUUCUCUCCGAUUCUUACAAUGGUGAUGGUAAUAGCCAGCGUCUUCCACAGCAAAACUGUAAAGUACACAUGAACCUCUGGCUCUUCGAAGGUCUCGCUCCUACUGAUGGAGUACAAGUGGAGUUCGUCAUCCACAGCUUCACAUACACAUCUUAGAACUCGAGUGGCAGAUGACAGGGUUAAUGCCACUUUCAAAUAAACUUACGCAUAAAACCACUUUCUGGGUUCCGAGACCUAGGUUUCAAGAACUCAAAGCAGGUUGCUGCUACUACUGCUUCUGCUAGAGACGUGGAGACUGCACAGGGCUCCGUUGUCGACCUUGAGAUUCCACAUCUGCACACAACAGUUUUUUUGUUUUUGUAACAUCCUGUUUCAUGAAUAAAUUUGAUUUUAUCAAUUCAACUGAUGGUC